UGCAACUCAACUUUUCAUUGUAACCUGUGCCUGUCAGUCAGCUGAAAGCGGUACGGCGAAAUUGUGUAGAUAUCCUUUUAAUAAUUACAGUUUUCUUUUCUUUUUUUAUGUUCAAAACUUGAGUAUUUGAAGCAAAUGGGAAAUUAGAGUUUUUGUGAAAAGACUUCCAGCAGUGAGUUCUGUUCCUAAAUUGUAUUGUGUGUAGGCAAAUUGUGUGUGAACGUUCAAGAUGCUGUACAUUGGGAAAUUUAUCAAUAACUUUAAAGAUUUCUACAAUGAAAUCAACUCUGCUACCCUUACUGGAGCGAUUGAUGUUAUUAUUGUCAGACAGCCGGAUGGAUCGUAUGUCUGUUCGCCGUUUCACGUGCGGUUUGGGAAGAUUGGAGUUUUGCGGAGCAGAGAAAAAGUGGUUGAUAUUGAAGUUAAUGGAAUGCCAGUUGAUAUUCAUAUGAAACUUGGAGAAUCUGGAGAAGCUUUUUUUGUGGAAGAAGUUUGCGGUGAGCAUGAGAUUCCUUCAUAUUUAGCUACCUCUCCUCUUCCUGAUGUUCCUAACAUAGAAUCCGAGAUACAGAAGAUGAAACUUUCGUCUCGCUUUGAAGAAAAUGAUGUUGAGCUGCACAAUCAAAUCAACUUGGUUCCUCUUCGUGAAGCUCCUGUUCCGCUUGAUAAAACUGAACAAAUUUUGUUGUCUGAUAAACAUUCUAGUCCUUCUAAAAAAUCUGCCUGUGAUAUUUCAGUUAGUGAUAGCUUAGUCAAAAAUUCAAAUGCCGUUAAAACCUCGACGGCCGACGACAAUGUGGUGCUCUGUGUUCCUAACAAUAAUGACAAUUCCACCAGUGAAGCCAUUAAUUUUCAUAAUUGCACGCACACUGAUUCAAGUGACGAGUUCAAAACAAAGCGGAAAAGGAGGAAAAAGGCUGUCAUGAAGAAGAGAACUAAGACAAAAGAAGGCAGCAUUGCGUCUGUUCCGAAAACUGUUCCAUGUAGCAAGCCUGCUGAAGCAACACCUGCCCAAGAUAUCUUGGCACAAGAGAAACCAGAAGAAAUAUUCCAGAUGGAUGAUGAUUACACCGAAGUGGAUGAUGAAGGAUUUGCAUCAUCUGGAGGCCUCAGUCGUUCUGUCAGUCUUCCAGUGUCUGCAAAUAUCAGCAAUUUGUUCGAAAACGAGUGGCCUCAUCGGAAAAUGUCUUCCACUUUCACUGGAGAAUUUCAUCCGUUUAGUGAUGGUGAUGUCUCGCCCCAGUCUAGUCCUAUUUCAUCAAGACCUCCUAGUCCAAAAUCAGAUACGGAAUAUGAAAAUCAAAAGAUAGAAUCUGGCAGUCCUGAUGCCAAUGCCCCCAGUUGGGGGUGGGGACAGUUACCAAAUGUUCCUAGGAAGUUGAGUGAGUCAGGUAUCCCCAAUAAUGCUGCCAGUGAAACAGCUUGUGAGACAGAAGAAAAUAAAGACGAAAGUGCUGUUGAUGCGGAGAAGAGAUCAAUGCUGGGUGGAAUGCUGAAUUUCAUGCGUUCAACCAAAAAGAUAAGGCACAUGCCUGAGAGUGAAGGCAUUUAUCUGUCUGAAUUGAACUCCGAUGAACUGGAUCCUGAACUUGCAGCCCUGUAUUUUCCUAAGUUCAAGUCAACAUAUUCAAAUCUCUCCGCACAAGUAAAAGAUGAAGACACUGAAUCGGGUAAGGGCGCUUCUCUGCCUCAUUCUCCCCAGACUGUGGAGGGAUUUGUCGGCCCUGUAAGUCAAGAUUCAGAUAGUGAUGAGCGAUUAUCUCUGGACCUGUUCAGCAAAGAGAAAUGUGAAAGCAUUUCUUAUCCUUAUAGUGAUAUAGCUAUGUCCCUGUGUGGUGGCCUGCAGGACCCUGAAACAGAUAUACCAGAGGAACGUUUCUUGCACUCUGUAGUGACUUUUGACGAGUUUACGGAAAACCCAGCUAUAUUGAAUGAUCCUAGUCUUGUCAUCCGCAUUGGUGGGAAGUACUACAAUUGGUCAACAGCUGCAUCAAUGCUAACAUCCAUCAUUAUGUUUCAAAGGCCACUGCCCGAGAAGACUGCCAAUCAGCUCAUAAAUGAACAUAUGCCAAAGAAAAAGAAAAAAUCCUAUUCUUCAUGGUGGUCUUGGAGAAGGUCUGAAGAGAACAAGGCAGAAAGUGAGGAUGCUGCCAUGCCCCCAGUCGAAGAAUUUUCGAUGGAAGCAAAUGAAGGAAAGAUUGAAGAAAUUACUGAACAGAAUGCUUGUAAUAAGGAAAUAACUGAAAGUGUUACUGUUUCAAUUGAACAAACUGUUGAAGAAACUGUAUUAUCAGUUACCAAAACUGUGUCGGAAAGACAAGAUUCCCAUUCUGAAUCGGUUUUCGUUGAAGAAACAAAAGAAGUUGUGAUAAACAUGGACUUCGAUAAUUCAGAAGAAGCAACUUAUGAUACAGUUCAUUCAAACUCAAGUAGUGUCCCUAGUAGCAGUCCUAUAAAUAUUGCAAGUUCAAAAAGUGAUGUGAUUUCUACUAGCCUACCACAAUUAGUAACAGAGGAUGCAAAAUCAGAAUUACCAAGUAGCAUAUCACCUGAAACUGUUGCUCAAACACCACCCAGUGCCAAAGAGUCUGAAAUUGAGAUUGAAAUUGAGAAAGUAGUAACAGAAAAGUAUAAGAAGUCUUUGAGAUUGACAUCUGAACAAAUAGCCAACUUGAACUUAAAGGAAGGUCCCAAUGAAUUUGUGUUUAGCGUUACUACUGCAUAUCAAGGAACAACUAAAUGUACUUGCCAAGUUUUCUUAUGGAAUUAUGAUGAUAAAAUUGUGAUAUCUGACAUUGAUGGCACAAUUACUAAAUCAGAUGUCCUUGGGCACAUUUUACCCAUGGUAGGACACAGCUGGGCUCAACUCGGUGUUGCCAAACUCUUUACAAAAAUUCAAAGCAAUGACUACAAAUUCUUGUAUUUAUCUGCACGUGCUAUUGGGCAAGCUAGAAUCACAAGAGAAUAUCUUCGGAGGCUUCGUCAAGGAGAAAUUUGUUUGCCUGAUGGUCCACUGCUCCUUUCUCCUACAUCAUUAAUUAGUGCACUUCACAGGGAAGUUAUUGAAAGGAAACCUGAGGAGUUCAAAAUAAGCUGCCUGAAAGAUAUCCAAACUUUAUUUCCACCAGUCAUGGGCAAUCCUUUUUAUGCUGGAUUUGGAAAUAAAAUAAAUGAUACUUGGGCAUACAGAGCUGUUGGCAUUCCUCUUACUAGAAUCUUCACAAUAAAUCCCAGAGGUGAAUUGAAAUUGGAACUCAUACAGACAUUCCAUUCUUCGUAUACAAGAUUGAGUGAUCAAGUGGACCAUGUCUUUCCUCCCCUCAAACCAAGCACAAAAGUGAAUGGACAUCCCGUGCCAAUUUUUUCCUCGCCCGAAGAAUUCAGUUAUUUCACAUACUGGAGAGAUCCUGUUGUACUACUCUCAGAUGACGAUCUUAUAGUCUGAUGAAAGGUGUUUCAUUUGUGUAUAGUUUUCCAUACAUGUAAGAUACUUAAAAAGGACAUUUUUAUCAUUGAAUUUUGAAUCUUUCAAGUCUAUCAUGUACACAGAUUAUAGAAAGUGGAACUCGCUCAUAAAAAAUCUUGUCUUAAUCAGGACCCAGAUUCGCAGGGGAAAUCAGAACUACUUGGUACAAUGUUAAGUUGAUAGGAAAAUAUGUCUUCUUAUAAGCGAGUUUGAAUGUAAUUAUAUUUAUGUGCUUUAAGGUUUUUAAAUCUUGUUACAAUGUGAUAUUAAUUUGAUUUUUUAUUCAUCAUCUGAUGCCGACUUGUUUGUUACUUUUUUGUUAUUCAUCUCCUAAAUAAAAUUUAUUUUUGAGUUGCAUUGAGAAAAGGGUAAUUGUCAUAAGAUUUUUAGUUUUUUGUUGCAUGAUAUAUGAAUGUACAUCAUUUUAUGAAAUUUUAAAAAUUGCUGGAGCUUAUAUUUUGAUAAUAAACCACAAUUGGAUUGGUCAUUGGGAUUUUUAUCUUCCUUAUUUGAUGUUCAUUUUCAAUAUUAAUGAUAUUGCUAGUCAAGUUUAUGACAUUUGCGAACUCUGUAGUUUUGAACACAACAUCCUAUCCUACGAUAUUUUAAAUCCUGGUGAAAUUAAUACCUAUUUUUUUUAAAGCUGUUUAAAGUAAAUUAUAGACAUUGAUACAGUUUGUGUUUUUGGCAUUCCCUACGAUUUAUGUGUGCAGCAAAACACCAAUUGUGUCGCACAAAAUCAACCAAUUCAAAUAAUAGAUAGGGGAAAACUAAGAUUGUGGAUCUGCAUAAAAUGUCUUCUAAUAAAGUACUAAAUUUAAUGUUAAAAAAUAGAAAUUUUUAAUGAAAGGGGAAAAAAUGCUUAUUGGUUCAAAAAUGACAAAACGAAAAAAAGAUAAAGAAAUUCAUUUAUUUACUAAAAGUGUGAAGAAAUUUCGAUGACUUGUGCAAACUUUUUUCUUCUUCACCCUUUGAGGCAAGGUGGCUUCAUUUGAGUUCUCAAUUUUUUAUAUAGUUUUCCUAUCCAAUAGCUGAAGCCACUGUGUCAGAUGACUGACACAGUAAUUUUAAAUAAUUAUACCAGUGAUUUUUUUUACUUAUGAGCAUGAUUUUCGGAAAUAUGAUUUAAAACUUAUUUCAGACUACUAAUUGAAUAAAAAUCCUUCAGUUGUUGGACUUUUCGUAUGAGUUCAACAUGAACAUCCAGUUUAACAGCAAAUGUAAUUUAACUGAAAAUAACUUGAAAGAAUUCUCUAACAUUUUCAGAAUACAUAUAAAUUCAUCAUGAUUGACAAGCAUUAAUAAAUUCAUUAUUUAUUUUCAAAAAAUAUUUGUAGCUAAUACUUGCUUCUGUGAUAUUAAGCAGCAAUGUGAUGAUAUCAAAAGGUGUGUGAAUGUUUGACUAAAUGUUAAAGGAAUAAUAUUAUGCAAAAGAUUAGAAAUUAAGUUAGUAUGUCAUAUUCAAUGCUUAAAUAUCUUUCCUAAUCUGAAAAGCAAAAUAUCUUAUACACAGUGUGCCUAAAUUACUAAAUUAUUAUUUUUUUGGAUUUCUUGAUGACCUACAGCUUGAAAAAUCUGCCGUUUUUUGCAUAGUCUUCCAAUUGUUUCCCCUUUGACAUAUUAAUGUGCAGGGCAGGGCAUUGGAAUCUAUUGUUUUCCCAUAAGUUGGUUUUUACUUUUUUGUUUAGUCAAGAUUUGAUAACAGUUCAUAUUGAAUAGUGAAUGGAAAAUGCAGACAUGCUAAAGCUUGACCAUGGAGAGAUGGUGGAUUUCAAUUGUAUCCUUUGUAAUAGGUAGAAUCAGCCAGAAAGCGCUGAGUAGUAAGAGACAGAUGAGUUCUAUCUGAUCCUAUCUAUUACAAAAUAAUAACAAACAACCUGUUACAAAUGAUUUUUCCACUUCAAAGUCACCACCUGCCAUCUCUCCGUGGUCAAAUUUUAGUUAUACUUGAGGGCCAUCUUGAAAUAGUUCGAAGCUUAGUGAAGGGCUGCUAUUGAUUCAUGGACAGUCAGGUUGUGGUCUUAUCUUACUGAACUCAUCCAAUUAAAUAAUCACCACCUCUUCUUGACCUUCUCAGGAAUGAAAAAGGUGCUCAUGUUGAAUCGUAACUCAUUCCGAACCACUUUCACCAAAAUGCCACUGCUAACAAAACAAAUACCAUACUUUAGGCGUCCAAAGUUUGAUAACUGCAACUGUAAAACUGUAAGGAAAAGGACAAAAUAAUGUAUCUCUUCUUUCGUGAUGGCCCGCCUGUUUAGAUGUUUCAAAAGCAGUUGGUUCCUAUGCCCCUACUGUACAUGAGUGCAAUUUUCUUUACUUGUGGUAUGAUAAAACUUCCUAGUGAAUCAAAUUUUCAGAGCUUCUGUUAAGUGAUGCAUAUGCGAAAGAAAUGUUAGCGCUAAAUGUAAAUUAUGUAUGGAGGAGUGUAUAAUAUAUUGUUUCUGUUCAUUAUUUUUUUACUUUCCUUGUAACGAGCUAGUUUUUAUGUUUGUUAUUUUUACUCAUUGUGGUGCUUCUAAUUUCAAAAUUUUUCAUCCGUUGAAUCAAUCAAUUUUUCAUCCAAUAUUUGUGAUUCCCCCACAUUUUAAUUUUUGUAAUGUCACACUAUCACAGUACAUCAUAAAACAUCAUCUGCUGAAUGUUUCAUCAUUUUUUGUUCCAUGACAUUCAAUCGUUUUUGUUUUGUAAUAUUUAUUAAACUAUAUAUUUGUAACACAAUAAAGCUACCUAAUAUAUCUGUUCAAAUGAGGAAUUUUGUAAAUAUGUGUACUCUACUCAUAAUGUAACAUUCAUGUUUUCAUGUUCAGUAUUUCUCUAUAUUCAGUUCUCUCUGGAAUCCCUGCAACCGAAAGGUUCUACCUUUUGAAUAGUUCAUGUUUUCAUUGCUACAUAUCAGUUCAUGUUCAAUGUGGGUUUUAGAACGUAAAAACUGGACUAAUAAUUUUUGAAAUAAAAAAAAUGCUGUU